CCUGGCCUCAAAGCUUGGAUUUUCACUUUCCCGAAACCCUUUCUGAGUAAUCUGUCACCCCGUCUGUCGACUUGAAUCCCGAGGAAAACCCUGCGAAACUCUGCGCCCUAAGUCUUGCGAGAGUGAUAGUGGCGGAGGAGAUGGGCUCUGUUUUUUCGCGUCAGCUUUGGAACGCUGUGCUGCUCGGGAGGGGAAACUGAGGCUCUAGAGGAGGCUGAUCAGUCGAGGUCUCACAGCUAGGGCGUGUCCGGCAGGGUUUGGGUUUUGGUUCCGAUCUUUACAGCCUAGGCGUUCAGGCUGUUGAUGCUUUUAGUGUGGAGGGUUAAACCCAUGAGGAAGAGCUGUUAACGCUCCCCCCCAAAAAAAACAACAAAAAAAAAACCCAAACAAAAAUACCCCAAAUGUUCCUUCUGAGAAGUCAGGCAAGUGCGGUUCUGGGAGUUGACCGGGUGUGAGUUUCAGGGCGACCCACAUCAACUGGAAAAGUUGCUGGAGAAAGAACCCAUCACCUGUACACUAUAGACUUCUGCAGCUGGACAGCGCGGUGCAGAAUGCUGUGGAACGUAGCUGCGUUACUCAGCCUGGUCCUAGGCAUUGGCGCUCUUCCCACCAGUGUGGAUGACGACCCGGAGGACAGCGGCAAGCACUGGGUGGUGAUUGUCGCAGGCUCCAACGGCUGGUAUAAUUACAGGCACCAGGCUGACGCGUGCCACGCCUACCAAAUCAUUCACGGCAAUGGGAUCCCGGACGAGCAGAUUGUCGUGAUGAUGUAUGAUGACAUUGCCCACUCUGAAGAAAACCCCACUCCAGGAAUUGUGAUCAACAGGCCUGGAGGCUCGGAUGUGUACAAGGGAGUCCUUAAGGAUUACACCGGAGAGGAUGUGACCCCAGAAAACUUCCUUGCAGUGCUGAGAGGUGACAAAGAAGCAGUGAAGGGCAAAGGGUCUGGAAAAGUCCUGAAGAGUGGCCCCCAAGAUCAUGUGUUCAUUUAUUUCACCGACCAUGGAGCACCUGGAAUACUGGCUUUUCCUAAUGAUGAUCUCCAUGCCAAGGACCUGAACAGGACCAUCCAUUAUAUGCACAAGCACCACAUGUACCAGAAGAUGGUGUUCUACAUUGAAGCCUGUGAGUCUGGCUCCAUGAUGAAUCACCUGCCCCAGGACAUCAACGUUUAUGCAACUACUGCCGCCAACCCCAGCGAGUCAUCCUAUGCCUGCUACUAUGACGAGCAGAGGUCCACGUACCUGGGUGACUGGUACAGCGUCAACUGGAUGGAAGACUCUGAUAUGGAGGAUCUGAGCAAGGAGACGCUCCACAAGCAGUACCAGCUGGUGAAGUCCCACACCAACACCAGUCACGUCAUGCAGUACGGGAACAAGUCUAUCUCUGCCAUGAAAGUGAUACAGUUUCAAGGAGUGAAGCACAAAGCCAGUGCCCCGAUCUCUCUGCCUCCCGUCACACACCUUGACCUCACUCCGAGCCCAGAAGUGCCCCUGGAGAUCAUGAAAAGGAAACUGAUGAGCACCAAUGACUGGAAGAAGUCCCAGACUCUCAUCAAGCAGAUCCAGCAACAUCUGGAUGUUCGGCACCUCAUUGAGAAGUCGGUGCACAAGAUCAUCUUCUUGCUGGCAGGGUCCGAGGCUGUGACAGACAGGCUUCUGUCUGAGAGAGCCCCUCUCACGGAGCACGACUGUUACGAGGGGGCUGUGACGCACUUCCGCACGCACUGCUUCAACUGGCACUCGUCCAGGUACGAAUAUGCCCUGAGACACCUGUAUGUCCUGGUCAACCUGUGCGAGGAGAAGUAUCCGAUCGACAGGAUAAAGUCGUCCAUGGACAAGGUGUGCCUCGGUUACUACUGAACAGGUGCCUUCUCGAUGCUUCUCCAAGUGUGACACUAUCCCUUAAAAUGUGCUACCCAGAGGCUGCAGAGGUGGGGCCAGCAGGAAGCCUGUCUGCUUGGGCCCACGGGGGAAUGCAGUCAGGCUGCCCGGCCUAACCCCACACCUCUUCCACAAGACCCUUGGCCUCCUUUGCUGCCCAGUCUACAGGAUGCAUGUGAAGCUCUGAAGAAGCCACAGUUGGGCGGACAAAGCUCUGUUGAGAAAGGCCUGUUUGCUUCUUAAGAGGUUUUUUUGCCCAUUAGUUUUCAAGAGCAAGAGGGUCACUGGGCUUCUGUAGCCAGUGAAAGAAUCUUUGCUGUGAGAAAUUUGAAGCUGAAACCUCUUUGAAGACUUCAGAUGACUUUAUUAAAAGGGCUGUAAGCCCCCAAAUUGAAAAUUAUUUUUAGAAAAUAUUAUAACUUUGAUUUUGUAUUUUAUUCUGCAAUAAUGAACAAGUCUUAAGAAAAUAAAGAUGUAUAAUUGGGAUCCAGUAUUCAUUUCUGGUCCCUGACUGUCA